AUGUACCUCCAAUUUCAAUCAGCUUCACUAAGUUCCGAGUGUCGAAGCUUUUUCAGGCUCAAACCAGUGCAUGCUGGCAAAGUGAACCUAUUUGAUCCCAUGAUGCUACUGAUCCGCUUUUUUCCCAUUUAUUUAACACAGGCCGCUGAAUGGAAUUUGGAAGGCUUGCCAAACGACGAUCUAUCCAUCCAGAACGCUAUCAUUGUCACCACAGCCUCGCGGUAUCCUUUGCUGAUAGACCCGCAGAGUCAGGGCAAAAGUUGGAUAAAGAAUCACGAGGCUGCCUACGAUCUCAUGACAACCACUUUUAACAAGAAGAAUUUCCGUAAUCGAAUGGAGGAUGCACUUUCUCUCGGGAAACCUUUGUUGAUCGAAGACUGUGGCGAAGAAUUGGACCCUUCGAUAGGCGAUGUACUGGACAAAAACUUCCUCAAGUCGGGCACUGGCCUGAAGGUGAAGGUUGGUGACAAAGAGGUGGAUCUAAUGAAGGGCUUCCGACUCUAUAUUACAACAAAGCUUCCGAAUCCCAUCUACACACCAGAAAUAUCAGCUCAAACCUCGAUUAUCGACUUCACUGUCACCAGCAAAGGUCUUGAAGAUCAGCUUUUGUCACGCGAAUUGGAGCUGCAACGAAUAAAUCUGAUGUCCAGCAUGACUGCGAAUAAACAGCGUAUUCUAGAGCUGGAGGACAGUCUGUUAAAGCGAUUGGCCAACACUCAAGGAUCGCUGGUUGACGAUCAAGGUCUGGUUGACGUGUUGCAGAUCACAAAACAAACAGCUGUUGAGGUUGCCCAACAGAUUGCAUUGGCUCAGGACACUGAGGCCGAGAUCACAGCGGCCCGCGAAGAGUAUCGGCCGAUUGCAGCACGUGGUUCCUUGCUGUAUUUUCUGAUCAGUGAACUGUCCGGAGUCAAUCCCAUGUACCACACUGGUCUUGUCCAAUUCCUUCAUCUCUUUGAUCUGUCCAUGGCUCGCUCAGAGGCCUGUCCGGUAACCUCGAGACGAAUCAGCAGCAUUAUUCAGUACAUGACACGCUCAAUUUGGGCAUUCUCGGUCCGUGGGAUGUACAAAAUGGAUCGCACACUAACUACUCUAAUGCUGGCGCUUCGCAUAGACCUACACCGCAAAGCGAUCCGUCACGAGGAGUUUCUUGUUUUUCUACAGGUAGAUUUCUCUUACUAUCGAAAUUUGGUUUUGUUUACUUCUGGCUUGACCCGGUUUUACCAACUUGAUCGGAGCUACAGGAAGACAUUGUGGAUCGUAUCAAGUUCUGCGUCCUCUGCCGUAAAAUUCAUGGAGAUUUCCAGCAUACGACGGUUGACUUUGUAG